AUGACAGAUCUCACUGAGAUUGGCAGGAGGGAGGAUAGUAUUACAAGCCCAGGAAUCAGCUCGAGGGAAGAUGGUACUAUGGAUCAUACCAAGAUCAGUGAUAAGAGAGGGGGUAUGGUGGAUUCUGCCAGAAUCAGUAGUAGGAGAGAUCCUAUCACAGAUUCUGCAGAGAUCAGCAAUAAGGAUGGUCAUACAAUGAGCUCUUGUGGGGGGGAGUGGGACCAAGUGCCACCAAGAGGGGGACCGAGCUCGGGAGCAUGUAGCUGGUUACCACACAGGGGGGCCAUGAGAUUAAGGCCUGAAGAGCUGUCACUGGUCAAGAGAGGAGGAGCAGUGUCAAGGGAACUGGCAAACAGGGCAUGA